GAGUUUUCCUUAUCAGCUGAUGAUGGUGGCUCUGGGAUUGUCAAAGGCGUAGUUGUUUUGUUAUUUUUUAUAUUUUCCACCUUAAACUUAUAAUAAAAUGCUGAAACCAAAGGCUCUAACUCAGGUUCUAAGCCAGGCCAACACCGGUGGCGUGGAAAACACUCUGUUACUAAGCCAGGAGGGUGCUCUUCUGGCAUACUCGGGCUAUGGCGACAAGGAUGCCCGGAUCACGGCUGCCAUAGCGAGUAACAUAUGGGCCGCCUACGAGAAGCAUGGUCGGAACGCCUUUCGCGAGGAUCGACUGACUUUCGUGCUGAUUGACUGCGAAAAUGGUCAUGUGGCCAUCACCCAGGUGGCCAGUGUGUUGCUGUGCCUGUAUGCCAAGCAGAACGUGGGACUGGGUCUGCUGAAACAGAAGGCCAUGUCUCUGGCCGCCUAUCUGGAGCGACCUCUGAAACAGAUCUCGGCCUCGUAAAGAUUACGGUUAGAAUCUUAAGGAAGUUGGCGAACUGAAUAAGCUAAUAAGUGUAAUGCAUUAAUAAGAAAUUAAAUAUGUGACUAGUA